GGGAGGAAACAUUUUAAUCAGGCACAUAAGAGAACCUCAUUAUUUGGUUCAGAAAAUGAGCCACAAUAUUUUGAGGACCCAUUCAGAGAAAAUACCAGCUAUGACAGAGAUAAAAGUCGUAGAGCAAGCAGUUGUUUCAUUAACGAGUUCGCGAACAAACAGUCUGCGGGAUUCAACCAGAAAAAACAAGCGGGUGAUGCUAGUGAGGAAUAUGACCCAAAACAAAACAAUUGUGAAUCUAAACACACUGAAUCUCAUGAAGUACUAGAAAAUGGAAAUUCAGAUUACAUGAAAACCAAACACGAAAACACACGUGACAAUGCCUCACAAUCGGAAGAAGAGGACAAGAAAUUAAUGAAUUCCCAACAAUUUGAAAAUUCAGAUGAAAAUCCUCCGAAUCACGAAAACGGAAACAUGGAAAAUGAAAAGGUGGAUCAUCUGAUCCAAAUUGCCAAGGAAAGCACUAAAAGUAAAGAACAAGAUAAGCAAAACAAUGAUGAAAAUCCACUGUCGUUUAAUACGUUGCAACGGCCUAAAGUAAAUCCAGAAUAUCAAAGGAGACAUUUAAAUACUCCAUGGUAUACUAAUCCUGAAGAAGGACUCGGUUCUGCAGAUAUGAGAAGAUAUAACUCAAGAUUAGUGAAGUCGAUACCAAACUCUGUACAGGAAGUUUCAAAAUCUAAAAGUACAACUCAACAAGACUUUCCAAAAUACUCUUCACAAGAGUUAGAGGAAUGUAGGCAGAUAAAACGUUAUCACGGCAAUAGAGAGUCAGUAGACUGGACUUUCAACGAAGCGGACGAUAGUGGGAAUCAAGAAGAUAAACUAAGAAGAUCACGCUAUCAUAGAUCUUCAGCAGUGAUUGGAGAAGGUUUUAUGGAUAAAUUUGGUCUAAAAUCGCCUUUAAAUAAUAAACGAACAACUGAAUCUCAUGAAGUACUAGAAAAUGGAAAUUCGGAUUACAUGAAAACCAAACACGAAAACACACGUGACAAUGCCUCACAAUCGGAAGAAGAGGACAAGAAAUUAAUGAAUUCCCAACAAUUUGAAAAUUCAGAUGAAAAUCCUCCGAAUCACGAAAACGGAAACAUGGAAAAUGAAAAGGUGGAUCAUCUGAUCCAAAUUGCCAAGGAAAGCACUAAAAGUAAAGAACAAGAUAAGCAAAACAAUGAUGAAAAUCCACUGUCGUUUAAUACGUUGCAACGGCCUAAAGUAAAUCCAGAAUAUCAAAGGAGACAUUUAAAUACUCCAUGGUAUACUAAUCCUGAAGAAGGACUCGGUUCUGCAGAUAUGAGAAGAUAUAACUCAAGAUUAGUGAAGUCGAUACCAAACUCUGUACAGGAAGUUUCAAAAUCUAAAAGUACAACUCAACAAGACUUUCCAAAAUACUCUUCACAAGAGUUAGAGGAAUGUAGGCAGAUAAAACGUUAUCACGGUAAUAGAGAGUCAGUAGACUGGACUUUCAACGAAGCGGACGAUAGUGGGAAUCAAGAAGAUAAACUAAGAAGAUCACGCUAUCAUAGAUCUUCAGCAGUGAUUGGAGAAGGUUUUAUGGAUAAAUUUGGUCUAAAAUCGCCUUUAAAUAAUAAACGAACGAAUGAUACACCUGUUGCAGCAUCUACCCUACGAAAUAGUCCAUAUGCAUUUCAUGUACAGAUGGACUAA